CUCUGAUUGGCUGGAACUGGCCACUCUGGAAAGAUGGCGGCGGCCACAGUUGGGGCUGGCUCCGUAAACGCGGAUUUCUCCGAUUUGCGCGGCAUUAAGAAACAGCUGCUGGACGUGGCAGAACGAAGUCGAGAGCGCGGGCUGCAGCAUAGUGGAAAGUGGGCAUCAGAGUUGGCUUUUGCCCUAGACCCACUGCCACUGAAUGAAUUACCUCCUGCUCCUGUACUCACAGAGGAAGAUGCUCGUGAUUUGGAUGCGUAUACCCUUGCUAAAUCUUACUUUGAUUUGAAAGAAUAUGACAGGGCUGCCUACUUUCUGCGAGGCUGCAAGAGUCAGAAGGCCUAUUUCUUGUAUAUGUAUUCCAGAUACUUGUCAGGUGAAAAAAAGAAGGAUGAUGAAACAGUGGAUAGUCUAGGUCCAUUAGAAAAGGGACAGGUGAAGAAUGAGAUUCUAAGAGAGUUACGGGUAGAGCUUAGCAAGAAACACAAAGCACGAGAGUUGGAUGGAUUUGGACUUUAUCUGUUUGGAGUGGUUUUGCGAAAGCUGGAUUUAGUGAAAGAGGCCAUUGAUGUGUUUGUUGAAGCUACCCAUGUUUUGCCGUUGCACUGGGGAGCCUGGCUGGAGCUUUGUAACUUGAUCACAGACAAAGAGAUGCUGAAGUUCCUGUCCUUGCCAGAUACCUGGAUGAAGGAGUUCUUCCUGGCACACGAAACACAUAGCUGAAGAAUAGCAGUGCCUCUGUAGAAGCCCCAGAGUCUCAUUUUGUGCCUUUCCAAGAGCACCUACAUUAUCUCCCAGAUUGCAGUAGCCUAUCACAAUAUCCGAGAUAUUGAUAAAGCUCUGUCCAUCUUCAAUGAACUAAGAAAGCAAGAUCCUUACAGGAUAGAAAAUAUGGACACCUUUUCUAAUCUACUUUAUGUCAGGAGUAUGAAACCCGAACUGAGCUAUUUGGCUCACAACCUGUGUGAGAUCGACAAGUACCGUGUUGAGACCUGCUGUGUGAUUGGCAACUACUAUAGUUUGCGCUCCCAGCAUGAGAAAGCAGCCCUCUACUUCCAGAGAGCAUUGAAACUGAAUCCUCGGUAUCUUGGAGCGUGGACUCUCAUGGGACAUGAAUACAUGGAAAUGAAGAACACAUCAGCAGCUAUUCAGGCAUACAGACAUGCCAUAGAAGUAAACAAAAGAGACUACAGAGCGUGGUAUGGUCUGGGGCAAACAUAUGAGAUCCUCAAGAUGCCAUUUUACUGUCUCUAUUACUAUCGACGGGCCCAUCAACUCAGACCAAAUGAUUCUCGUAUGCUGGUUGCUCUUGGAGAAUGUUAUGAGAAAUUAAAUCAGCUGGUGGAAGCUAAAAAGUGUUACUGGAGAGCAUAUGCUGUGGGGGAUGUUGAGAAAAUGGCAUUGGUGAAACUAGCAAAGCUUCAUGAACAGAUGAAUGAAUCAGAACAAGCUGCUCAGUGCUAUAUUAAAUACAUCCAAGAUAUCUAUUCUUGUGGGGAAAUAGUGGAACAUCUAGAAGUGAGUACUGCCUUCCGCUAUCUGGCACAAUACUACUUCAAGUGCAAACUGUGGGAUGAAGCUUCAGCCUGUGCCCAGAAAUGCUGCGCAUUCAAUGACACACGAGAAGAAGGGAAGGCUCUCUUGCGGCAAAUCUUACAGCUACGCAACCAAGGGGAAACGUCAUCCACGGAGAUUGCCACACCUUUUUUCCUCCCUUCCUCGCUAUCUGCUAACAAUACUCCAACACGCCGUGUAUCUCCACUAAACUUGUCGAACAUUACACCAUAAAUGGUUCCUGCUGGGUAGACCAUCUGAAAACCUGAUUUUGCUUGGCACGUCUCUAGGGAAGGGUCUCAAUUGAGUGCUGUCUUCAUUAGAGGACUGAACGCUGACAUUGUUGAGGAUAGCUGAUGUACUGCUCAAAAGAUGAGUGGCACAGAUUGAGCCUCUGUAUGGAGUGAACUGCUUUUAAUCAGCCACCUUUGUAUUAGUAGGAUACUUCAGUAUAAGAGACUUCUUUCCCUGUGUUGAAAUUUAGUUGGAAUUCCUCCUCUGCCAGUGUUAUUUUCACUAUAUCCCAUUUCAAGGCAUCAUAACCACAUGCUUUAACAGUCCAGCACAAACAGAUUGGUUCUCAUUGGAAGGGUAAAUAGUGCCUUACACUAAAUUGAGACAGAAGGAAUAAAUCAUUACACCUCUACACUCUCAUCUGUUUGCUGGGUGCUUCUGAGUUUUGAAGCAGAGCAGUUGUCUUUUGCUAGCUGGGAAGAAAAAAAUCCAUGCAAAAGGAGAUGGGAGGAGAAGAUGAGUCAUAGCGCAAGUGUUGUUUCUGUGGACAACAAGUGCAUUUGGGGCAAUGUAAGAGGGCAAGGAUGGGGGAAAGGCCAACAAUUGUAUAUGAGUUUAGCCUGCGUUGAAGCUGUUGUGCAGCUUUAUGAUGCAGCCUAAUGUGAUAAUGCAAGUAAAAGAUGGCCUAUCAACAUUUCUUUAAGCUCCAAGUACAGUGUUCUCAUUUGUUUCAUUUACGCUGACUGUAGAAAGACCAGCUCUAUCUGGAGAGGAAAACAUUUCAGUUGCCCUUUUGUCUCUCAGGGACACUUAUUUGGAGCAUCCAUGGUUCACUUCUCUCAACUGGGAACUGGUGCGUGGUAGAGCAGUGCUGCACCAGGGUGCGUAUUUCAAAUGCUGAAUAUGAUCUUGCAAACUAAAAUAAUGGUUGUGAUCAAUUUUCAUUGCAACAGACUAGUAUAAUGGAACAACAAUUAUAUAUGGCUUUGCAGCACCAAAAAAGAAAAGAGUUCAGGCUUGCAGAACAAAGACAUUGUAUGUGUUUUAAUGGCUGACUUCCUAGUAUAAUUAAGAAACCUUAUUUGGUUUCAUUCACCGUUACAUUUUUAUCAAUGUUGUUGUCCUUUUUUUGUGAAACAAAUAUGGCUUCUUUGUGUACAGCAGAGAGGUUACAAUGGUUUGUCUUACUUUAUUGAUUUCAUCUGAUUCAUUUUUAUUCUGCUUUUCAUCAUUCCCCACCCUGCCCCGUGAGCAGGCACUCACUGGCCAUAUUUUCUACUUGCCACCUAUAUAGGAAACAACCAUCAUGAGGUAACCUAUAAUGGUCAGAUUAAUCAGACCUAUUAAUAAAAAGGAACACAAUUCUUUAAA